AUGGUGACACUUGGUGACACCCAAACAGCCGACGCUGCUAGCAGCACCAUGGAGAAUAAGAAAGAUAUCUUCGAGGAUGCCAGCGACAGUGAGCAAACUGGAUUGUCAGAGCAGGCCGAUCCCGAAGCCGAAUAUCCACGGGGCUUAAAACUAGUCCUGCUUGCUGGCGCGUCAGUUAUGGGCGUUUUUCUAAUCUCUCUGGAUCAGACAAUUGUUGGAACCGCGGUCCCCAAGAUCACUGAUGAGUUUCAUGGACUUUACGAUGUAUCUUGGUAUUCCGCCGCGUACUUCAUGACCUUCGGUGGUCUAGAGGCUACGUGGGGAAAGGCCUUCAAGUACUUCGACCUCAAAUACACUUUCAUCGUUUCAAUGGUGAUAUUUGAGAUUGGAAGUUUGAUUUGCGGUGUUGCCCCAACUUCCAAGGCCUUGAUCGUCGGUCGAGCCAUUGCUGGCUGGGGUGGUGCUGGAAUCUCAGUGGGAGGCACCAGUAUCGUUGCCUUUAGUACUCCACCGAGAACCCGACCGAUCAUGAUGGGCAUUAUUGGACUCACCUAUGGUCUUGCUGCUGUUCUUGGACCUUUGAUAGGAGGUGCCUUCACAGAGAGUGUCACUUGGCGGUGGUGUUUCUAUAUCAAUCUGCCGAUUGGGGGUCUCGCUGCUGGCCUAGUACUUAUCUUUUUCCACCUUCCAGCAGCUGCAAAGCCCCCAAAGGUGAGCCUCAAAGAAAAGCUAUUACAACUGGAUCCAUUUGGCGUGGUAUUGGCCAUGGCCACGAUCAUCUGCUUCCUCCUCGCCCUUCAGUAUGGCGGCAACACUUUACCCUGGAAAAGCGGCAAGGUUAUUGGAUUACUAGUCGGAUUUGGUCUCCUAACAAUUGCCCUUAUUGCCUGGGAGAUCUAUCUCGGCGAGUAUGCGAUGCUACAGCCACGACUAUUCAAACAACGGUCAUUAUGGAGUGUCGCCCCGUAUCAAUUUUUCUUUAUGGGUACCCUCAUUCUGUUGCUUUACCAGCUGCCCAUCUACUUCCAAAGCGUCAAAGGUGCCAGCCCAAUCGAGUCUGGUGUCGACAACCUUCCGAUGGUCAUUGCGGUGGGCAUCUUCUGCGUUAUUGGAGGUAUAGUUGUCUCGAAGACUGGCCACGCAGCUCCGACGAUGCUGGUUGGCUCGGCAAUUGCCACGGUAGCAAUUGGCCUGCUCUGCACUCUGGAUAUCGACACCUCAGUUGGAAAGUGGAUUGGGUUCCAAAUUCUGGCUGGAUCUGCCAUCGCCUUCUCCGUCCAGAACGGCCUAAAUAUUGCGCAAGCCAAUGUCGGUGCAGAAGAUAUCUCGGCCGUCACAGCGAACCUCUAUUUCUUCCAGACAGUCGGAGGUGCAUUCACCACCGCAUCAGGGCAAGUCGCAUUCAUCAACCAACUGUUAGCCCAUUUACCCGUCAGCGCCCCUCAAGUGGAUCCAGAGCUAGUGAGUUCAACAGGUGCUGCGCAGCUUCGAGAUGUGUUUGGUCCGGAUGAUCUUCCUGGAAUUCUUGUUGCGUAUAUGCAAGGACUCAAAACCGCCUUUGCGGUUGCAACCGCUCUGGCUGGUUGUGCCUUUUUGUCUACGUUCAUCAUUCCCUGGAGCAAGCUUCCAACCCACACAGCCGACAAGGAUGAUGAUAAGAUGCCUCCUAUGAUGAUGGCUUGA